GAUAGGGUAAUGAAAAUGAUGGCGACCGUUGCAGAGGAGAUAAGAAUCCAAACAAACUCCUGUCCUGUCCCCGACACCAGUCUCAGCCCUCUGUCCGUCAAACUCACGCGGAAGCACCAGCAGGACAGACAGUGGAGCGUACGCUUCGUUUACCUGCAGUGCUAUUUCUUGACCAUUGCAACAAUAUUGGGAACUGGAAUCUUAGGUCUUCCAGUAACGAUAUCCCAUGCUGGACUGGUGCCUUUCCUCUUCUCUUUUCUCGUUGGCUUCUUUGUCCAGUUCUCCUGAUGCAAUUGGCCGUCCUGCCCUCGCAACGUCCGAAACGGUGAUUGGAGUGACGUCAUCCAAUUCCCGCCCGCUUCCGGAACAUCAUCCGGGGAAAGAGUACAAAGGACGGGGACGAAGAUCAUUCUGGAGGCUCUGUGUUGCUUUGCUUAUCUACCUGUUUGUGGAACUGCUUCAGAAAUGUCAAGUGGUGCAGCUAGAGUCUCUAAAGACAGGAGUAGCAGAGUGUAUUGUGAUGGAUCCGGUGGGGGGGGAAGCAGCCGGCACAGAGGAAGAGGACGACGAUGAUAGUGAAAAUGCACAAGCAGAUACAGGUUUACUGCAGCCCGAUGCUGUGUCUCUGCACGACCAAUCAGAAUGCCUGGAGCCCAACCUCCAUCUGCUCGGCUACCUCUUCCUCUCCCGGCCAAUGAGCCAUGCCUUCAACUUCAUCAUCCUCUUCCAGUUUAUUUCUAUUGGGAUCAGUUAUGUGCUAGCUGGCAGUGAGGCCUAUGCGGCUCUUCUUAAUGUCAGCCACAUCUACGUGAUCCCGGCCUUCACCUGGAUUCUGACUCUCGCUAUAUUAGUCGCCCACACGGUCAUCCAGCCAAUCACCUCGCUGCUCACCCUGCUGAAAGGCAUCCUGCUCAUUGUCACGGUGGCAGUGACAUUUGCAGUGGGGUCAGAGGUGGGCCUGCAGAGCAGUAGCGACUUCACUCAGAUGGGGAAACCUUUCCUUAUGGGCACGGUGGCUCUGGGAGGGAUUGUAAACGUGAUGCCGCUGCUCUACUCACGAAUCUCUCACAACAGAACUCAGAUCAUGUGGUUUCGGAGGGCAGUGCUAGGAGGUCUGACAACCUGCACCGUGCUCAACAUCCUCUGGUGCUGGGCAGUGCUGGAAAUCGUGCCUCAGACGUCGACACCAGAGAGGCGGCUGGCAGCUGGGACCUCUCCAGACCCCGGCACCCCUCUACUGCACUCCAACAUCUCUCUGGAAGAGUCGGAGAGAGCAGGAGAGAUAGCCACCAUCCCCCUGACUAAGAUCAUCAAUGAGCGCUACAAGGCGUACUCCUGGGUGGCUGAGCUCAUCCAGGUGUUCGUAGCCAUCAGCGUCACCGUGUCCUUCCUGGUCAUGGGGUCCGCCAUGAAACACACCAUUGACGGAGUGGUGAGCUCUCUGUGGAGCAGCAGGAUGGAGGAGCUGUCUAAAUCCUGGGAGAGAAGAAUGGCCAACAAACAGACGCUGUUCUCAGCAAAGAGCAUGGCUAAAGGAUUCAUGUCACUGCUCGCAUUCCUGGCCAUCUUCAUCGUGUCAGUGUGCGAUCCCCAGAGUUUUAUCAUCAUGUUGGAGAAAGUGGUCUCGUUCUCCCUGAACACUGAGGUGGGACUGUUCAUCUUCAUCAUGCUCAGAGAGUCCAGAGAGGACAGAUUCAAACACAUGGCGGUCCCCCUGCCGGUGGGGGAGUGUGUGUUCAGCCUCAGCUGGCUGCUGCCCACCUACUUCCUGUUUGCGGUGACCUACGACGUCCUGCAGACGGUGGCCGACGUGGCUCACUACAUCGCCGUGUACAGCCACAGUCAGGACACCCCCCCACACAACGUGACGGGGGGGCUGACAGCAGCCAACGCCUCCAUCCUGCUCUGAUGAGGGGGGAGGGGGGGGGGUGAAGUGCCAACAAAUCUGAAGCUUCGCAAAAAGUGCUUUUAUAUAAUAUGAUACGAUGUAGCCAUUGUUUUGUCUUUGGGGCCAUACUUUGAGUUUUUGCACUUUCCCAUGGCAUCUUUUCAAACAUGCUUUAUAUAUAUGAUGACAAAGCACACUUGUAAAUAUGACAUACGUUUUAUUGACGUUAUAUAUCUUACACUAUAGGUUGAAUUACUGGCAAUGCAGAGAAUAACAAAGCAUUUAUUUAAAUUACAAUGUAUGUUAUGUUUAGUUUAUUUAUUAUUAUAAAAUUAUUCAAUAUAACCACUAUAAAUGUACCGUUUUGAAUCACGCUUAUCUUCUUUUAUGCUAAAGCCACAUGGUACGGCUUGAAUCGACAUGCAUUGCAUUGCUACACCGGCUCAGUGUAGGGAAACCCAAAGAGUUUGUCCUUUGGGGCCGUAUGUAAGUUAAAUCAAAAGUAUUCCCAAACGUUUCUGCACAAUGCACCGUUUCUAUCCUGACUGUCACUGCGGAUUGUUCUGCACUCCUCAUGCGUUGCACACUGAGGCAGAAAGUCACAAGUUCUCUCAGGAUUCAUCAUUCCUCUCUAUUUAUCCUCCCCACACAACUUAGAAAAUCUCUAACCUACAAAAGUGACAUCAUUAUUUUGUACAGCUAAAUGAUGUUCUUCAUUCAGGCCUUAUAAUGUUCCAAGGCUGAGCCCAUUGGGACCGGGAACCUGUGUUCGCCCUGACAAAACGGAAAGGUUGACUUUAAUUCAAUGUAUUGUGUCAACAGGUUACACAUAGUAUUAGGUUAGUUAAAAGCAAUAAUAUUGUGAACAUAAUGUAUUUAUUUAAACGUAAUUGCUUUUAGCUAACCUAAUACAGUGUACAAUUGUUUUCUGGGGCCCGUAUACUUUUUGUUUACGUCUCCUAUUCACGUUAUGACCGCCAGCUCUAAGGCGCUUCCACAUUGCCGGUACUUCCUGGUUAAAGUGUAAUUGCUAUUACUUUGCAUAGUGUCACCAGCUUUAUCUACCUUUACUUGCCAAAUACAGUUAUUAAGCUUUUGAAUGAAGUUUUAUUAAGUUAUAACAGUUUUUCAGGCCAGAAAAUAACUAUUUCUACAUUUUGUGAUUACUCUCACUAAAUGAAAGGUAGACACAGGUCUGUACUAAAAGUCUAACAAUAAGGUGUGAAUAAUCAUUCAAAUUUCAAUUAGGAGAGCCACGAAUUUGGCAAUAGCUAGCUCGAUAGCUAACAUUCGCUAGAUGGGAAGCUAUGGUGAGUUAGUACACUCAGGGAGGUUUCAUUUUGGAGAUGCAAAUCCAGAUUGUUGCAACUUCCCUUUACAUUAAGAAGAAGAAUAUUCCUGUAGCUCUAUGAACAUACAGUGAGAGUAAAGCAUGCCUCUUUAGUUUCAUUGUGUCACCAGCAUGAGGGACGUUCAAGCUCUCAUUCAAUGUUUUAUUGGUCAUAUUUUUUGUGUUUUCACGUGAAUAAAACACAGAUUGUCACUGACUACAGCAUUUGUACGCACACUCAAUAAAAACACAAAACUCUUUAUCAAAA